UUUGCACCGGUGACAUCGCGUGUUGCUGUCUCCAUCCUCUCUCACAGUCUAGCUGAAGCCUCGGGUGGAAGUCACGAUGUCGGACUGCAGGAGGCAAUGGAACCGGGAAGAUGAGCUACCGGUUUACUUUGCCGGACCCAUCGCCACUGGACCGAACCAACGCAAGAGCUACGGCAUGUUUGACUCCGUCGAGGGGGCGUUUGAAAGCAAGACCAUCGACUUCGACAGUUACGCAGUUGGACGGAAAGGGGGCCGCACCCCCAGGAGUGGGAGCCGGGAGAGACUCCUGGACAUCUGCGACUCCACCGGCGGCAAAACCUCUGGUGAAGCCCGAAUGGGUUCACAGACCAACUCCCCCGAGGGAGAACGUGGUUGUCCAGGGGUUGAGACGGCGUUUUCCUCGGCUAUGGAAACCACACAAGGAGAGGGUGACGGCCUGCUGAUUAAAGGAGGGCGAGUGGUCAAUGAUGACCAGUCGUUUUACGCAGAUGUGUACAUUGAAGAUGGGCUCAUUAAGCAGGUAGGGGAAAAUCUGGUGGUCCCUGAUGGUAUCAAAGUGAUCGACGCUAAUGGUCGCAUGGUGAUCCCUGGUGGGAUUGAUGUCAACACCUGCCUGAUGAAGCCUUAUCUUGGUGUACGCCCCAUUGAUGAUUUCCUGCAAGGCACCAAAGCGGCGCUUGCUGGAGGCACGACCAUGAUCAUUGACCAUGUGACCCCCGAGGUUGGGGACAGCCUGCUGGAGGCAUUUGAAGUCUGGCAGGAGGCUGCAGACAAGAGGGCGUGUUGCGACUACUCCCUCCACGUUGACAUCCCCCAGUGGAAUGAAACUGUGAAAGAUGAGUUGGAGAUGCUGGUGCAGGAGAAAGGUAUUAACUCCUUCCAAGUGUUCAUGGCUUACAAGGAUGUCUACCAGAUGACAGAUUCUCAGCUGUACGAGGCUUUCUCCUUCUUGAAACAAAUUGGAGCUGUGGUGUUAGUUCAUGCUGAAAAUGGAGAUUUGAUUGCUAAGGAACAAAGCAAAAUCCUUGAGAUGGGAAUCACCGGACCUGAAGGCCAUCUGCUGAGUCGUCCUGAAGAGGUGGAGGCUGAGGCGGUGUUUCGUGCAAUCACCCUUGGUAACCGCGUGAAUUGUCCUGUCUACAUCACCAAGGUGAUGAGUAAAAGUGCAGCCGACACCAUCACCCAGGCCCGGAGGAAAGGUUCUGUAGUUUUUGGAGAGCCGAUCACAGCCAGUCUGGCCACUGAUGGUUCGCAUUACUGGAGCAAGAACUGGGCCAAAGCGGCUGCCUAUGUGACCUCCCCACCUCUGAGUCCUGACCCCAUGACCCCAGACCACCUGCACACACUUCUGGCCUGUGGCGACCUGCAGGUGGUGGGCAGCGCUCACUGCGCAUACAGCACCUCUCAGAAAGCAAUUGGGAAAGAAGACUUCACCUUAAUCCCAGAGGGAAUCAACGGAGUGGAGGAGAGGAUGAGUUUAGUUUGGGACAAAGCUGUGGCCAUGGGGAAAAUGGAUGAGAACCAGUUUGUGGCUGUCACAUCCACCAACGCUGCCAAAGUCUUCAAUCUAUACCCGCGUAAAGGUCGGAUAGCGGUGGGCUCUGAUGCAGAUGUUGUCAUCUGGGAUCCCGACAGCACCAAAACCAUCACGUCCAAACUGCAGCAGUCGUCUGUGGAAUAUAACAUCUUUGAGGGUCUGGAGUGUCGUGGGGCUCCAGUGCUGGUGUUGAGUCAAGGCCGGGUGGUGUUUGAGGAAGGGAAGCUUCAAGUUCAGCAGGGUACUGGACGAUUCAUCCCGCGCAAGCCCUUCCCAGAUUUUGCCUACCAACGUCUAAAGUUCAGGAACCAGAUUAAAGACAAAGGGGUAACACGUGGGCUGUAUGAUGGGCCUGUGUAUGAUGUCGUUGCAACCCCAAAAUAUAUCACACCUUCGCCUUCGGCCAAAACAUCCCCGACCUCGCACCAGCCUCCACCGGUGCGCAACCUUCACCAGUCCAACUUCAGCCUUUCAGGGGCUCAGAUUGACGACAACAUCCCCCGCAGGUCUGGCCAUCGUAUUGUAGCGCCCCCCGGUGGUCGCUCCAACAUUACCAGCCUUGGUUGAACACUAGGCACAGUUGGAGGGGGGGUUGUGAGGGAUUUCACCACUGCACAUCACUGAAAGUAUGAGCAUGCGUUGUGUUUCCUUUGUACAGCAAUGUGGCACGCACAAAUCGCACCAAAAUGAUCUGCCUUGAAUAUGCACUCUGUCAGAAAAUGCACAUUAUACUCGUGUGAUUUACAAUCAGUGAAGUCAUUUGAAAAUCAACAUUCACAAACUAACUCACUUGAAAAUGGUGGACCCUUUCCCUCAUUUACAAUAUAACAACACAGUGUUAGCUCCUUUUUUUAAAAAUACAACUUCCAUUAAAUGUUCCCCACAUGAUGGUGCUGUUGCUGUUGGUCACGAAAUCGCUGCUGGCGGCUGUAGCCGCAUCAUCUGCAGAUGAGCAUUUUUGUGACUCAUCUAGAUCCUACGGCACAGACAUCUCUUUCAACGUUACACUGUGGUUGUUAGAAAUUGCAUUCAGAUGCUGUUUGUAAGCUUUGAGCACUCUUUGAUGUCCUCCCCCCCCAAACAAGGCAACAUGUUCUCCACUAUUAUGCACUUCCUGCAAAAUACAAAAGCGUACAAGGCGUUCAGCCAUUGCAAUAAAUAAAAUGAUCAUUAUAGCAUUAUGUCAUGCAGAAAAGAAUUGCGGCGUGUUAUAGUUUUCCGCUCGCGCUAGAAUUGUUUUUUUGGGCUCUCAUUACAUUUUUAAUCCAAAAUCUCUUCAGGCUGUUUUAUACUUCAAGUUCCUUGUUAUUUUUGUUGUUGUUGUUGUUGCUGUGUAUGAUGCAAUAUCUAACAUUUUUAUGUCAGUUUUAUUUUGCUGUUGACUGAGCCAUUCCUUGAUGAAUAAUAAAAGACUGUUGACAAAAA